GUCGGAAAUUUUAGCCACAAAACGCACUUGUUUGUACUUUUUGGGCAGAUUUCACUGACAUUAUGAAGGUUUUUACACGGAAGGCCUAAGAAAAUGUCGUUGGAGGAGCUGCAGGCGCUCAGCGCUGUGGCCAAGGUAACCGAAAUGCUCAAGAAUCACCUGGACCUCGACCAUACGGAGCUUGCGGAAUUCAUAAUUCACCUGGCAAAAAAGGCCAGGGAUUUGGACGAUUUCAGUAGGUUGUUGGACGAGAAUGAGUCUGACAUGAGCUCUGACUUUGUGGCUCAAUUGUAUCGCAUAAUUAUCGCUCUAGAUCCCCCAAAUGAUCAUGGUUCGUGGGACUCUAUAAUCAGAGAUGAAGCAAAUGAUGCUAUAAAUUUUCCGGCGCUAGCCCUGAAAAAUGACCAAAACAGGGAGGAAUUGAAGGAGGUAGAAAAGAGUGAUGAAUUGUCCGAAUGGGCAAAGGAACUUUUAGAGAGAGAAAAGGGGCACUCCAAACGAACACACGAAAAUCAAUAUGAUCGCCGUAAACAUAUAGACCACAGGGACAGGAGAUCCCGAUCUCAAAGCUAUGAAGCAAGUUCCCGUAGACGAGAACAUAGGGAUUACAGAAAUCGCAGGGAUGAUCACAGAGAUAAGAGCGACUACGGAGAUAGGGAUCAUGACAGAAAAGAUAUCCAUAGUCACAGAGGCAAUUACCGAAGAGAAUAUAGACGAGAACGCUCAGAUUCACAUUCUAGAGAUAAACGUAGACACAGACGUGACUACUCAUCUUCUAGUAGCCGAUCUGUGGAGUCUAGAAGUCAUAAGGAUAAACGCUACGGCGAUGAAUAUCCCAAUCCAGAAUCUCUAGAAGGCUCGAUAUUCCCUGGAAGAGUCACAAAUAUAACCGACUUUGGAGCAUUCGUCUCAUUUAAAACUCCACUUGGAGAUAGAGAGGGUCUAGUUCACAAGUCUGAGAUUUCAAGUACUAGAAGAAUUAUUGAAGUUUCCCAAGUUCUCAAAAGAGGAAUGAAUGUGUAUAUAAAAAUUUUAAAGGUUAUCGGUGAAAAGUUCCGACUUACAAUGAAGGAUAUUGAUCAAACCAACGGUAGUGAGAUUAAAAGGGUCACUGAAACUGUACAUGACGAUUUCUAUGACAAUCAUAAACAUAGUGACUAUGGUACUGGUGAGCAGUCGAUCACAGGAAUAAGUGUAGACGAAUACACACAAGGUAUAGAGGGAAGAAGAAAGAGACUCAUAAGUGAUGUUGAGAAGUGGGAACAGCAACAACUAUUAAAUUCCGGAAUUUUGAGCAAAGAGGAAAAGAAGAAUAUAUAUAUUGAAAAUGAACCAACUGAGGAGGAACCUGAAAUUGAGAUUAGUGACGCGUGUCCAACAUUUUUAAAGGGACAAACCACCAGAUCAGGAAUUAUGUUAUCUCCUAUAAAAAUAAUCGCAAACCCGGAAGGUUCUCUUGCACGUACAAUAACCACGAGUAUAACUCUUGCCAAAGAGAGGAAAGAAAUGGAGAGAGAAAAUGAGGAUGCAGUAGCACCUGUAAACACCAGUCUGCGCAUGCACGAGUCCCUGAGGAAUUGGCGUACCCCCUUAGCUGCUAAAGAAUCUACAAAUCAAAGUAUCAAGGAUCAAAGGGAAUCUCUACCGGUGUUCCAACUAAGAAGGGAUCUUUUAGACAAGGUUCGUGAGCAUCACAUUUUGAUUGUAAUCGGUGAAACUGGAAGCGGUAAAAGUACACAGAUCCCGCAAUACCUACAGGAAGUUGGCUACUCCAGAGUAGGAAUGAUUGGAUGUACUCAGCCUAGAAGGGUUGCAGCGAAAUCUGUAGCGGCAAGAGUAGCAAAGGAAUUUGGAUGUAAUGUAGGUGAAGAAGUUGGAUAUUGCAUAAGAUUUGACGACUGUACAUCACCAAGUACUUGUAUAAAGUACAUGACCGAUGGUAUGCUCCUAAGAGAAGUCCUACAAGAUCCCAUACUGGAGAAAUAUUCGGCAAUUAUGCUUGAUGAAGCUCAUGAGCGCACAAUCGCAACCGAUGUUCUAUUCGCUUUGCUAAAGGACUGUGCAUCAAAAAGACCGGAUUUUCGAUUGAUUGUUACGUCUGCGACUUUGGAGGCUGAAAAGUUCUCAUCCUACUUUUUCAACUGUCCUAUAUUUACCAUUCCUGGAAGGUCAUUUCCGGUGGAAAUUUUGCAUGUGAAAGAGCAAGAGCACGACUAUCUUGAAGCAUCCUUACAAGCAGUUUUACACAUUCAUCUCAACGAAGGUCCUGGGGAUAUCCUGCUGUUUCUAACCGGUCAAGAAGAUAUUGAAGCUGCAUGCAAAAUUCUCCAGCAAAGAAUGGCCAGACUGGAAGAGGUUAAACCACCCCCUCUUAUUGUACUUCCAGUCUAUGCUGCCCUCCCAAGUGAGGUACAGCAUGCUAUCUUUGAGGCUGCGCCGCCUGGAUGUAGAAAAUGUAUCGUGGCUACUAACAUUGCAGAAGCUUCCAUUACAAUCGAUGGGAUAUUUUUCGUGGUAGAUCCUGGUUUCGCCAAGGUAAAACAUUACAAUGCUCGUGCCGGAAUGGAAUCACUUGCCAUUGUUCCAAUCUCCAGGGCCAAUGCGCAGCAAAGGGCCGGAAGAGCGGGAAGAACCGGACCUGGAAAAUGCUACCGUCUAUACACUGAGCAUGCAUAUCAUAAUGAAAUGAUUAGUACACCAAUUCCUGAAAUUCAGAGAACCAACUUGUCUACAGUUGUACUUAUCCUCAAAGCUAUGGGCAUUAACGAUUUCAUACAUUUUGACUUUAUGGAUAAACCUCCGAUAGAGACCCUUAUAGAUGCUAUGGAGAACUUGUAUCACUUGGGGGCUCUAGAUGAUGAUGGAUUACUCACAAGGUUAGGAAGGAAAAUGGCUGAAUUCCCAAUGGACCCAAAUAUGGCAAAGAUGCUCCUAUCGUCUAUCGACCUCCUCUGUUCCGAUGAAAUUAUAACAAUCAUCGCCAUGUUGAGUGUACAGAAUAUCUUUUAUAGACCUAGGGAUAAACAAGCACAAGCCGAUCAGGCCAGGUCAAAGUUCAUUCAGUCUGAGGGAGAUCAUGUUACAUAUCUACAAUUAUACUCUGCGUGGCAAAGGAACAAGUUCUCUGAUCACUGGUGUAAAGAACAUUUUGUACAACACGGAGCGUUGAGAAGGGCUCAAGAUGUAAGGAAACAACUAAUUUCCAUAAUGGAUAGAUACCGCUUUAAAGUUGUCUCUGCAGGAAAAAAUUUUGAAAGGAUAUCCAAGGCGAUAUGCUCUGGAUUCUUCCAUCACUCUGCAAAACGAGAUCCACAGGAAGGAUACAGAACUGUCGUCGAUCAACAGCAGGUCUACAUACAUCCGUCUUCGGCGCUCCAUCUGAGAAAUCCCGAGUAUGUCGUAUACCAUGAGCUAGUAAUGACUACAAAAGAGUACAUGCGUGAUUUGACGGUUGUAAAGGGACAGUGGCUGCUCGAUGUAGCUCCAUCAAUGUUCAAAAAGUCAGACGGGAGUUCAAUACCAAAGCACAAGGCAAACUUUAAGAUCGAACCUCUGCACAAUAAAUUUCAGGAUAAGGAUGCUUGGAGACUUUCCAAAAGAAGGGGAUAA